CCCAAGCUCGAGAAUCGGGUGGGUGACUUCCUUCAGUCCUAGUGGGAGACUGCUCGCAGGAAGCUUUUACAUUUUGUCUCCGGGAACUCCAUUGUUUUUUGAACUUGUAGUGAUACACUCUGGUAUUCGAAUUGACAUGCGAUGCUAAAGACAUUUAUUAAACAUUUCAAGGUACUUUCAAGAAAGAAGCCAUGGCCUCGAAGGGUCCUAGAUCUAAAUUGGACCAUGAAAGUAGAACCAAACGUCAAAAGGCUUUUGAGGCCCCUAGGGAGCCUCCUCGACCUAAAGUUCACUGGGAUCACGUUUUAGAGGAGAUGGUUUGGUUGUCAAAGGAUUUUGAAUCAGAGAGGAAAUGGAAAUUAUCCCUAGCGAAAAAAGUUGCCUUAAGAGCCAGCAAGAACAGCCUUGAUCAAGUAUCAAAGAAUGAAAGGAAACUCAAGGAAGAAGAGCAACGUAUGAGAAAAAUUGCACUUAAUAUUUCUAAAGAGGUGAAGAAAUUCUGGAUGAAGAUUGAGAAGCUGGUGCUUUAUAAAUAUCAACUGGAGUCCGAGGAAAGAAAGAAGAAGGCUCUUGAUAAGCAACUUGAUUUUCUUUUAGGUCAAACGGAAAGGUACUCUACAAUGCUCGCAGAAAACCUUGUGGAUAUGCCUGGUUCUCAUAAACCAGUCAUUGUAGACUCUGAACAACUCCAAUCACUCAAUGUUGGCAAGGCGGAUCAUAGGAAUUGCACUAUAAGUAGCCCUACUGGUGAAGAAACACAGUCAGACAUUGCUGAUGAUUAUAUAGCUCAAUCAGAUGAUGAUUUGAUAGAUGAUGAGCAUACCAUUGAAGAUGAUGAGGCUCAAAUUACAGAGGCAGAACGGAGGGAAGAAUUAAUUGCAUUGCAAGCAGAUUUAGAUCUGCCACUUGAGGAACUUCUUAAGAAGUACACUAGUAAUGAAGUCAGUAGGGAAGUCAGUCCAGAAGUUGGUGAACAUGUGGCUACUGAAAUUUCAAAAAUCAAGGAGCCUAAUGAAGAAUUAAAACUUACUGGUAAAGUAUCUAAUUUGAUUAGAGAGAAUCGAGAUAACAGCAAAUCUAUACGCAUUGGCCAUCAUGAUCAUUUUGAAGCAAAGGACUUUUCUUCCUGCACGGGUGGACAGUUGGCUGUUAAGUCAGUAGUAGAUCCUGAGCUUCGAUCAAAUGAUUUUGAUGCUUCAGAACAGAAACCUUUUCUCCAUUCUAUUGUUGAUGAAGUGGAUGAUGAAGAUUAUCUUAUCAUUGGCGAUGAAGAAAAGCAGGAUGAUGAAGGAACCCUGUCUGAAGAGGAAGAAUUGGCGAAAAGAGAAGCAAUUGACCCAUUGGAUGAGAUAAAACAACUGCAACAAGAAAGUGAUCUUCCUUUAGAAGAACUACUUGGAAGGUAUGGGCAGGAGAUGGAGAAUGAUGAUGAUAUUGGCUUCGUGGAAUCGGAUUCCUCUUCCUCUCGUUCGGAUGGCCCAUUAAAAAGUGACACAUAUUGUGUUAUUCAACCAGGCGAUCCAAGCGUUUCCAGCGCUGAUCAUGAUCAUGUUUCGGAAAGGGAAAAAUCUGCUCAUGAGAUCCAAGACUCCAUUGCAGAAGACAUUGAAGGUGACAUGAAGCUUGAACUGGAUAAAGUUAUGGAUAAGCGGGGUAGUGAAAAUAUGAUUGCAGAUGCAGCAGCUGCAGCAAGAUCUGCUCAACCCACUGGCAAUACAUUCUCGACUACUAAAGUGCGAACUAAGUUUCCUUUCCUCCUUAAACACCCUCUGCGGGAAUAUCAACAUAUUGGCCUGGAUUGGUUGGUCACCUUGUAUGACAAGAGGCUUAAUGGUAUUCUUGCAGAUGAAAUGGGUUUGGGGAAGACAAUCAUGACAAUUGCUCUUCUGGCACAUUUAGCCUGUGAAAAGGGAAUAUGGGGACCUCAUCUUAUUGUAGUACCAACUAGUGUAAUGCUUAAUUGGGAAACAGAGUUUCUUAGGUGGUGUCCGGCUUUCAAAAUACUGACAUACUUUGGAAGCGCAAAAGAACGGAAACAUAAGAGACAAGGUUGGUUGAAACUUAACUCGUUCCACGUUUGCAUCACUACUUACAGACUUAUCAUACAGGACUCAAAAGUAUUUAAGCGGAAGAAGUGGAAAUACCUCAUCCUUGAUGAAGCUCAUCUGAUAAAGAACUGGAAAUCUCAGAGGUGGCAAACUUUGUUAAACUUCAACUCAAAAAGGCGAAUUUUGUUAACGGGUACACCUCUACAAAAUGACCUCAUGGAACUUUGGUCCUUGAUGCAUUUCUUAAUGCCUCAUAUAUUUCAAUCUCACCAAGAAUUUAAAGAUUGGUUUAGUAAUCCGAUUUCUGGGAUGGUGGAAGGUCAGGAAAAGGUUAACAGGGAAGUGGUGGAUAGGUUACACAAUGUGCUUCGUCCUUUCAUACUUCGGCGCUUGAAAAGAGAUGUGGAGAAGCAACUACCCAAGAAGCAUGAGCAUGUCAUAUACUGUAGGCUUUCGAGACGACAAAGGAACUUGUAUGAAGACUUCAUUGCAAGCUCGGAAACACAAGCGACUCUUGCCAGUACAAAUUUUUUUGGCAUGAUUAGUGUGAUAAUGCAACUUAGGAAGGUCUGCAAUCAUCCUGACCUAUUUGAGGGUCGUCCCAUUAUAAGCUCAUAUGACAUGGCUGGUAUCAACAUGCAAUUAAGCUCAGAUGUUUCCUUGAUCUUCUCUUCUGGUCCAUUUUCUGGGGUUAAUCUGAAGGGUUUAAAUCUUAUAUUUUCUCAUCAUGAAUUUGAUAUGAUUUCUUGGGAGAGUGAGGAAGUCUUGUCGAUAUGUUCAUCGAAUUUAAUUGAGGACAAUAUGCUGAAGUUUAUAGAGAUACCAUCAGCUGGUCAAUAUGACCGUAAAAGAGCCUUAGGAACUAAUAUUUUUGAAGAAAUUCAGAAAGCACUUUUUGAAGAAAGAUUGAAGCAGUUAAAAGAAAGGGCAGCUUCUAUUGCAUGGUGGAAUAAUUUGCAAUGCCAGAAGAAACCUAUCUAUGGAACUGAUCUUAGAGAACUUGUUACUGUUAAGCAUCCUGUUGCAGAUAUUCACAAGCAGAAGAGUAAUCCUUGCUGUUAUAUGAAAUUUUCAUCUUACCUCGGAGAACUAGUUCUUUCAGCUGAUGAAAGAUUUCAAAAGAUGAUAGGCACAGUUGAAAGCUUUAUGUUUGCAAUUCCAGCUGCACGCGCUCCUCCUCCUGUUUGCUGGUCCAGUAAAGCUGGAUCUUUUGUGUUUCGGACACAGGCAUAUGCUGAUAGAUGUACAGAGAUUUUGUCACCUCUCCUCUCACCUUACAGACCUGCUAUUGUGCGUAGACAAGUGUAUUUUCCUGAUAGACGUCUGAUACAGUUUGAUUGUGGUAAGCUACAAGAGCUUUCUAUCCUUUUAAGGCGUUUAAAAUCAGAGGGGCAUAGAGCUUUGAUAUUUACCCAGAUGACCAAAAUGCUUGAUAUCUUGGAGGCUUUCAUUAAUUUGUAUGGUUACACAUAUAUGAGGUUGGAUGGUUCCACGCUACCAGAACAAAGGCAGACUCUGAUGCAGCGGUUCAACACAAAUCCAAAAUUUUUCCUGUUCAUUCUAUCAACUCGUAGUGGUGGAGUUGGGAUUAAUCUAGUAGGGGCUGAUACUGUUAUCUUUUAUGAUAGUGAUUGGAAUCCGGCAAUGGAUCAGCAAGCUCAAGACAGAUGCCACAGGAUAGGGCAAACACGGGAGGUGCAUAUAUAUCGCCUAAUUAGUGAGAGUACAAUUGAAGAAAACAUCUUGAAGAAAGCAAAUCAGAAGCGAAUGCUUGAUGAUUUGGUCAUACAGAGUGGAAGUUACAACACCGAUUUCUUCAAAAAGCUUGACCCAAUGGAACUACUUUCUAAUCAUAAAUCACUUCAUGUUGGAAACUUUUGUAAGGAGAAUAAUUAUGCUGAAUCCUUCAAUCAUGGAGUGGGGGCAGAUAUUUCAAAUGCAGACGUUGAGGCUGCCAUCAUGCAUGCAGAAGAUGAGGCGGAUUAUAUUGCUCUUAAAAGAGUAGAGCAGGAAGAAGCAGUAGAGAAUCAAGAAUUUUCUGAAGAUGCUAUAGGGAGAGCAGAAGAUGAUGAGAAUGAAGAAGAAACAAUGGUGGAUGAAAAAGUUCCUGAUGAACAUAAAAUUGACUCUAGAAAUAUGUGGAGCAAGGACAAUGGUGCUGACAAUCUUAAUGAAGAAAAUGCUCUCACUUUAAUUGGGGGAUCUGAAGAGAUUGACAUGUUGGCUGAUGUGAAACAGAUGGCAGCGGCUGCAGCUGCUGCUGGGCAUUCUAGUUCAACAUUUGAAAAUCAUCUUCAGCCCAUCGAUAGAUAUGCUAUGCGCUUUUUAGACCUAUGGGAUCCAAUAAUCGACAAAUCUUCCAUAGAAUAUCAUGACAGUGUGGAAGAAGAGGAUUGGGAGCUGGAUAGAAUUGAAAAGCUCAAGGAAGAUAUGGAAGCUGAGAUUGAUGAUGACCAGGAACCUCUUUUAUAUGAAAGUUGGGAUGCUGAGUUCGCCACUACAGCAUAUCGGCAGCAUGUUGAAGCCUUAGCUCAGCAACAGUUAUUGGAAGAAAAGGAAUGUGAAGCUAAGGAUGCCGAUGAUGAAGAUGAAAGUUCUGAAGCUGUUGGGAACGGGGCUUUGAUUGAGCGGAAGGCUAAGACAAAGAAGAAGUUGAAGAAAACAAAGUUCAAGACUCUCAGAAAAGGUCAUCUUGCUUCUGAAACAGAAGUUAUUCUAGAUCAUCCAUAUGUAGACUCAUUACCUAAUGAUGAGAGGAAUCUUUCCUCAAAUGCAAAGUCCUUUGCUUCUCUACCACAAUCAUCCAUGGACAAAAAACGGAAAAAAGCUACAGAUGAAAAGUUUUCACAGAAGGGCUCAAAAAAACUGAGGAUUUCCGAAAGUAAGCUAGGAAGGGAUUCCAGCUCUUUGGUUAAGCAACAUCGGGACUCCAGAGAAUUAAAUUCUGAAGAUGGAGUUAAUGAUAUUGAUCUUAAGCGUGUUAAUAGAAGCAAGAUGGGUGGCAAGGUCUCUAUCACAGUAAUGCCCCUUAAACGUGUUAUGGUUGUGAAACCAGAAAAGUUGAAAAAGAAGGGACAUGUUUGGUCUAAAGAUUACUUUCCACCAACAGAUUACUGGUUUGCUCAAGAGGAUGCCAUAUUAUGUGCACUUGUACAUGAAUAUGGAACAAAUUGGACUCUUGUGAGUGAUGCACUUUACAGUAUGCCCGGUGGUGGUUGCUAUAGAGGAUUCUUCCACCAUCCUGUACAUUGCUGUGAAAGGUUCAGAGAACUAUUCGUUAAAUAUGUUCAGUCCACAGUAGACAGUUCAAAUUCUGAAAAAAAUUCUGCAACGGGAUCUGGGAAAUCCCUUCUCAAAGUUACAGAGGAGCAUGUUCAUUCCCUGCUUAAUGUUACUAGUGACCUUCCGGACAAUGAAUUAAUUCUUCAGAAACAUUUUGUUGCCAUACUAUCUUCAGUAUGGAGGGAAACAUGCCGCCACGAGCGAAGUCAGACUAUGUUAUCUUCUCGAACCGGUUAUCACUUAAAGCUUUCCACUUAUUCUCCAAUUAAGAAGCCCGGCAUGGAUCUGGCAAACCUAAGACAUUCUAAGAAGCUGGUAAUGGCUGCACUCAAUGAUGUCAAUGUGAGACAUCAUGAACAAGUGGAAGUUUUACCCAUGCAAGAGGCUCCUAUUUUGCUUGACAAGUUAGAGUUAACAUUGGACUUAUCAUCUGCAAAGAAAGCAUGUUCUGAAGUUAUGAUUCCAUCAUCAAUUAAUGUUUCAAUACACGUGUUUGAACAAAAGCAGUGUGCUGAACCUAAUGGGACUAACUUGAUCAAACCUAUUUCGAAAAUUACUGAGAACAGAUUCAGGUUGGCUUCACAAACUUGCUUGGAGGGUGAAUCCCCACGUUGGGCAACACUUUCUUUCCCUUUUUGUGAUGCUCGCAGAUCCAGAUCAGGCUCAAAGUCUCAGCAUCUAGGCAAACAUAAAGCCAUUUCUGAUCCAGCAAGACCGCCAAAAUCUAAGGUUCCGAGGACUAUGGAAGAAUCUGGUUUGCUUGCGAAAGCCAUCAUGCCAUCAACCAGACCGAUCAUAGAGUUCAACCAUUUGGCACUCAGUGUUUCACAUGAAGAUAACGACAUUUUUGGCCCUCAUGAGUAUGAUCCAGAAUUACUAGAAGAUACACACCUUGUAGAUCCUGUACCUCACGAGUAUGACCCAGAAUUACUCGAGGAUUUGGAAGAUCUGGAUUUGCAACUACAUAUUGGUGAUAUUGGAUGAGGCUUAAAACUUUCUGUGGGUUCAGUUUUGUCUGAGUGCUUGGGUUCAUCAAUUGAUUCCGUCUAGUUCAUUUUUUUCUUUAGUUCAUCAUUUUUAAGGAAUGGAUCCAACACCAAUUUGCAUCGUGCGGCAUUCGGGCGGUAUGAAGGUGAUCAUUAAGUUGAGCCGACUCGAAUGUAGCUGUUUAUUUAUACAGAGAAUGGUGGAGAAUGAUCUCUCAAGGUUUAGUUCAAUGAAUUUACUCUCUCUCGUAAAUACGUAGGGGAAAAGCUUGUAAUUUUUAACUGUAGUUAACAAGCUUGUAAUUUUUAACUAUAGUUAGCCUUUUCUCGUGAUAAUUUUUUCUCUUUAGCUGGGCAGGUAUAGCUGUGGGAAAAUUUCAGCUGCUCCUGGAGCCUAUAAUGGAAAAACAUUAAAAAAAAGGAAUGAAUCCAUAAUAUUGUAGCGGUGAGAAGCUAACCUGUUACACUUCCAUGUUAUUUUUAUUGAAUCAAUCGUUUCUGCUUUUACUUAAUAUACAUACAUGUUGUCCCAA